UAUUUCAGUGGUUUUCUGUGUUUUGUAUGUAUUUGUGUAUUUGAAUUGGAAUUGAAUUGUGUUUACCUACUGAUUUUAAUUAUUGUUAUUGUUUUGUUAAAGUUUAAUUAAAUUAAGUGAACGUGCAAGUCUUUCAUAAUGACUGAAGUGCAACUACAAGAAUUUAAGCUUGACCCCGAUUCGGAAUUACGUUUUGAAGUAGAAUCGAAGAACGAAAAAGUCGUCUUAGAGGUAAAAAGUGGAUAUGCUGAAUUAUUUGGUACAGAACUGGUGAAAGGAAAGCCAUACGAAUUCCACACUGGUGCUAAAGUUGCUGUGUUUACUUGGCACGGAUGUACUAUAGAACUUAGAGGAAAGACUGAAGUCAGCUAUGUAGCCAAAGAAACACCGAUGAUAGUGUACUUGAACGUACAUGCGGCAUUAGAACAGCAAAGAGUUGCAGCAGAACAAGAGAACACAAGAGGUCCGGUAACAAUGAUAGUUGGGCCUGCAGAUGUUGGCAAGUCCACACUCUCAAGAAUCCUUUUGAACUAUGCUGUCCGCAUGGGCAGGAGGCCUAUUUAUGUUGAUUUGGAUGUGGGACAGGGCCAGAUUAGCGUUCCUGGUACAAUCGGUGCAUUGUUAGUAGAGCGCCCUGCGUCUAUAGAAGAAGGCUUCAGUCAGCAGGCUCCGUUGGUUUAUCACUUUGGUCACACUUCGCCAAGCGAUAAUAUUGAGUUAUACAACACCAUUGUGUCGAGGCUAGCCGAAGUGAUCACAGAGAAAUGCGAAACUAAUAAAAAGGCCGCGUCUUCGGGCGUCAUAAUAAACACGUGUGGCUGGAUUAAGAAUGCUGGUUACAAGGUUUUAACUCAUGCCGCACAAGCUUUUGAGGUUGACGUCAUAUUAGUUUUAGACAAUGAGAGAUUGUACAACGAGCUGAAGCGUGACAUGCCUAAAUUCGUGAAAGUAGUCUAUCUACCUAAAAGUGGUGGGGUGGUGGAGCGCUCCGGCACGCAGAGGGCGGAGGCCCGGGACGCGCGCAUCCGGGAGUACUUCUACGGGAAGAGAACACCAUACUACCCGCAUUCCUUUGAUGUUAAAUUCUCAGAUCUCAAGAUAUACAAGGUGGGCGCGCCGUCGCUGCCGGACUCGUGCAUGCCGCUGGGGAUGCGCGCGGAGGACGCGCUGACGCGGCUGGUGGCGGUGUGGGGGGGCCGCGCGCUGCAGCACCGCCUGCUCGCCGUGUCCUUCGCGGCGGAGCCCGACGACCACGUGCUGCACUCCAACCUCGCGGGGUUCGUCUGUGUAACGGCUGUCGAUAUGGAGCGACAGACUUUGACGGUCCUGUCCCCGCAGCCGCGCCCUCUCCCCAACACGAUCCUGUUAUUAUCGGAACUACAAUACAUGGACAAUCAUUAGCGUUGAUAAGUGCUUAUACUUAAGAUGUGUUACAAGACUGUAAAUUAUCGAAUAAAACUUGUUUUACUAUUUA